AUGUUUCUGUUGGAUUGGUUUUAUGGGAUAUUGGCGUCGUUGGGGCUUUACCAAAAGGAGGCCAAGAUUUUGUUUCUGGGUCUCGAUAAUGCCGGAAAAACUACCUUGCUCCAUAUGCUCAAAGACGAGAGGCUGGUGCAACACCAACCAACUCAGUAUCCCACAUCUGAAGAAUUGAGCAUUGGGAAAAUUAAAUUCAAAGCUUUCGAUUUGGGCGGUCACCAGAUUGCUCGAAGGGUCUGGAGGGAUUAUUAUGCUAAGGUGGAUGCAGUGGUGUAUCUUGUGGAUGCGUUCGAUAAGGAAAGAUUUGCAGAGUCUAAAAAGGAGCUCGAUGCCCUUCUCUCAGACGACUCGUUAGCUAAUGUCCCCUUUCUCAUCCUUGGGAACAAGAUUGAUCUGCCCUAUGCAGCCUCCGAGGAUGAGCUGCGUUACUACAUGGGCCUAACGGGUUUGACCACAGGCAAGGGCAAAGUCGACCUUUCAAGCACAAAUGUUCGUCCCCUUGAGGUCUUCAUGUGCAGCAUUGUACGUAAAAUGGGUUAUGGUGAGGGCUUCCGGUGGAUGUCUCAGUACAUCAAGUAG